AUAACCCUAUGUAUUACUAGUCUGUGACAUAACCUUAAAACUUAUUUACUGAACUUCCGCGAAGUAUUUGACUGAAGUUGAAAUAUUAUUUUAUUUCUUGUAUUUGAUUAAAAAGUUAUUGAAAAUGGCAGAACAAGUAAAUCAACGUAUUGAGGAUAUGAUAAAUGAGUUAGAGCAGAUGAGGAGAACAAAUUUAUUUGACGAUGAAGAAAUAAGAGAAAUAUCUCGUAAACGUAAAGAGUUUGAGUAUAGAAUACAACGCAGAGUAAAACAGAAAGAAGAUUUUGUUCAUUACAUAUCUUAUGAACUAGCACUUCUUGAAGAUAUCAACCUCAGACGAAAACAAGCUAAACUGUCAGAGAAAAAGAACGACAUUGAAUAUGCUGUUGCAAAACGUUUGAAUAAAGUAUUCAAACAAUUUAUCUAUAGGUUCCAGAAUGAAGUUGAAGUAUAUUUUGAAUAUAUAAAGUUUUGUCAAAGUGUUGGUUUUCAUCAUGCAAUAUCUGGAAUAAUAGGACAAAUGUUGCAGAUACACGGUGAUAAGCCUAAAAUGUGGUUGUUGGCAAGUAAAUGGGAGAAAGAAGAGGAACAUAAUCUGGAAAAUGCCAGAAGCUUUCUGUUGAAAGGAUUACAUAGACAUCCUGAAGCUGACAUCCUUUAUGUUGAAUUGUUUCAAAUUGAACUCCAUUUGUGUGCCAAAGAAAAUGCAGAAAAGAAGGAAAAGCAGAUAAAAAGGGCUGACAUAGUAUGGAGAAAUGGUUUAAAAAAUUUGAAUGACUUGAAAUUUUUAUUUAACGUUUAUGAUAUAUGCAUAAAAUUUGAUGCGGAUAAUUCCAUAACAGAGAGUAUAAAACAGGAAAUUUGGUCAAGACAUAGUGAGAAAGAAGUAUGGCCUUAUAUCGCUUCUAAAGAACUCCAGGGCAACCAUUGGAAAGAGAUUGAAGAGUGUGUGGAAAUCAGUGCAACUGGUUAUCCAAAACAAUUGCAAUAUUUUAUAGCAAUUUAUGAAAGAGCACUCCAGCAGUUUCCAGAUGAAAAGCUGUGUACUCAAUAUAUUCACAAGUUGUUGGGUGUCAAUGAAGCAAUAUGUACCAAUUUACAAAAGAUUUCUGCUGUAAAAGAGGCUUGGUAUUAUGGACAUGAUAAUGGACUACUAAGCACUGAUAUUUUUGCUUUUGGGAUUGAAGUUUUGAAGAUGGAAAAUGAAAUAUCAGAUAGCAAACUUAAGGAGCUUUUAGACAAUGUUUCAAUGAAUGUUUAUCAUGAUAAGUAUGUUUGGGAAGAAAAACUUAAGUUGUGUAAGUCAGAUGUAAAAGAAAUGCUUGCCAUUGUUCAGGAUGCUGUUAAAGUAUUAAAACCUGAUGCUGCUCUGGCUCUUUGGAAUUUCAUGCUGGAUAAUGUAGAGUCUAAAGAUGCUGUAAACAAGAUAUAUAAAAGCUACCGGAAUUGUGAAAAUGUUGUGCUUUUGGCUUUGAAACCGAAAUUAUUACAAAAAAUGUAUGAGUGCAAUGGCUUAAAAGCAGCAAGAGAAAUGUAUGAGGAAUUGAUAAAGGUACCACCUACACAAAUAGACACUCACACGGUCAUGAUAGAUAUAGAGAAAUCACAAGAGAAGCCAAACAUUAAAAAUAUUAGAAAAUACUAUGAAUGCCUAGUGCAACAUCAUGGGAAGGACAGUGUCAUUAUAUGGAUGAAUUACAUGAAGUUUGAAGCGGAACAAGGGAAUGCUCAAUCUGUACCAAACAUUUAUAGGCGAGCUAUUGGAGCCCUGAAAAAAGAAUUGGUUGAUGAAUUUAUAAAAGCUCAAACUUUAGCAAAAUUAAAAUAA